AUGAAGUUCUUCCAGAGGAUCCUCCUAAAGUCCUUCAACGAUGCCAUCCCUGCUGGGCUGGACAGCCUGCAGUUUGCCUACAGGGAGAAUCUCUCCAGAGAGGACUCUGUAUUGUUUGCACUUCAUUCAGCUCUGACCCAUUUGCAGCAGCUCAACACCAUUAAUGAGACCAACUACAGAGAUGAGGUCAGCAAUCUGACCCAGUGGUACUCCAGGAACAACCUGAUCCUGAACCAGAGGAAGAUCAAGAAGGAUGAGAACAUCUUCAUCCCUGAAAGACUGACCGCUGGUCUGCAGCUGGUGAGCGCAACCAGGAAACUGAAGAAGUUUCCCGACCAAAGACUGCAGUGGCUGAGGAGGCAGUAUGUUAGCUUGUAUCAGGAGGACGGCAGGUACGAAGGUCCCACAUUAGCUCAGGCCAUUGAGCUGUUUGGUGGGAGGAGGUGGAACAUGGGGACAGGUGCUGUAGAGAAGCAAAGUAAUCAGAAAAACAGCCCACUCAGCAUCAAUGACAAGUCCAAGAAGAAAAAGAAGGCUCUUGUAAGGGGAGACAGCGGGGAUGCCACUGACGAUGAGAUGGUUUCCAGGAAGACACGGAGCUGUAAGGAAGGUCUAUACCGAAACGGUCCUGAGUCCGACAGCGUCGACCAAGAAGAUCCAGAUGACAGCUUCCCAGGACCUUUCUCCCUAUCAUCCAACAAGAGCUCUGGGUUGCUAGCCUCUUCCUCUUCAUCGUCCUCUUCCUCCAGCAUGGCCGGGUCCAACCACUCCCGUCCACAAUCCUCUCCGAUCCUGUCAGGAACCUCCAAGUCACAGCCAGGGGCCUGGAGCAGCAGAUCGUGGCACGGCCGAGGUAAAGGCUGCUUCAGGGGCUUCCAGAAUCUCAUGAUUUCUGACAGCACCAUGAGCUUCAUUGAGUUUGUUGAGCUCUUCAAGUCAUUCAGCAUCCGAAGCAGGAAGGACCUGCAAGGGCUGUUUGACACCUUCGCUGUGCCCUGCAGUCGCUCGGGUCCAGAAUCCUCCCCUCUCUACACCAACCUCAAGAUAGAUGACAAAGACACAGGGCUACAGCCAGACCUCGACUUAUUAACCCGGAAUGGAUCUGAUCUGGGCCUGUUUAUCCGGACGAGGCAGCUGAUGUCAGACAACCAGAAGCAGAUCUCGGAUGCAAUCGCGGCAGCCAGCAUUGUGACGAACGGUACAGGGGUGGAGAACGCAUCGCUCGGCGUUUUGGGAUUGGCUAUUCCGCAGCUUAAUGACUUUUUAGUGAACUGUCAGAGAGAGCACCUGAGCUUUGACGAGAUUCUCAGCAUUAUACAGAAGUUUGAGCCCUCAAUGUUAAUGAGACAAAUGGGAUGGAUGUCAUUUGAAGGUUUUGCAAGGUUCUUGAUGGACAAAGACAACUUUGCUUCUCGUAAUGAGGAAUCUCUGAUGAAUCCAGAUGAGCUGCAGCACCCUCUGUCGUAUUACUACAUUGAGUCUUCUCACAACACCUACCUGACAGGUCAUCAGCUCAAAGGGGAGUCCUCCGUUGAGCUUUACAGUCAUGUCCUGCUUCAAGGCUGUAGGAGUGUGGAGUUGGAUUGCUGGGAUGGAGAUGACGGCAUGCCAGUCAUUUACCAUGGACACACACUCACCACUAAAAUUCCCUUUAAGGACGUGGUGGAAGCCAUCAAUCGGUCUGCAUUUGUCAACUCUGACAUGCCGGUCAUACUGUCCAUAGAGAACCACUGCUCCCUUCUGCAACAACGUAAGAUGGCUGAAAUAUUCAAGACCGUGUUUGGAGAACGUCUCGUGACUCGUUUCCUGUUUGAGGGCGACUUCAGCGAUGACCCUCACCUGCCAUCCCCGCUGCAGCUGCGUGGGAAGAUCCUCCUCAAGAACAAGAAGCUCAAAGCCCAUCAGGCACCGGUGGACAUCCUCAAACAGAAGGCUCACCAGCUGGCAUACAUGCAAGCCCAGGCGAGCAACGGAUCACCAGGAGUUUCUUCCUCUAACAACCACGCCAACGAGGAGGAGGAGGAGGAAGAAAAUGAAUACGACUAUGAUUACGAGUCUCUAUCAGAUGAUAACAUCCUGGAUGACAAACCUGAUGGUAAGAGCCCGGGAGACAAAGAGGAGCCAAGUGUCGAUGAAAUACCCAAGAGAAAAAACAUGAUGCAGAGCAAAGGAAAGGUGUUUGACAUGGAGCUGGGUGAGGAGUUUUACCUUCCUCAGAACAAGAAGGAGAGCCGACAGAUCGCCCAGGAGCUCUCUGACCUCAUCAUCUACUGCCAGGCUGUAAAAUUUCCUGGUCUCUCUACAUUGUCUCCGUCUGGCUCCGGUAGAGGGAAGGACCGGGGAAAGAGCAGGAAGUCCAUAUUUGGAACGGCUCCUUCUCGCUGCGGCACAACGGGGGAGGUGACAGCUCAGAACCGCACCCCAGGAAAAGUUGGCUCCGAACGACACAGCUGGGAGGAACAGCAGACGUCACCCGUCCUCAGCACCCCCACGUCGCUCAGCGCCAUCAUCCGCACACCCAAAUGCUACCACAUCUCAUCCGUCAACGAGAACGCAGCCAAGCGCCUGUGCCGGCGCUACUCUCAGAAGCUGAUCCAGCACACGGAGUGCCAGCUGCUCAGGAUGUAUCCAGCAGCGACCAGGAUCGACUCCACGAAUCCCAACCCUCUGCUCUUCUGGCUGCAUGGAAUCCAGCUGGUGGCGCUCAACUACCAGACAGACGACCUGCCUAUGCAGUUAAACACGGCGUUGUUCGAGGCUAACGGCUGCUGUGGCUACGUUCUGAAACCUGCUGUGCUUUGGGACCGCAGCUGUCCACUUUAUCAGCAGUUCUGUCCGAUGGAGAGAGAUCUGGAGAAAAUGAGCCCGGCAGCAUAUUCCCUCACACUUAUUUCUGGACAGAACGUUUGUCCGGGGAACACCUCCGGCAGCCCCUGCAUCGAGGUGGACGUUCUGGGAAUGUCGGUGGACACCUACCACUUCCGUACCAAACCCAUCCACCGCAACACCCUCAACCCGAUGUGGAGCGAGCGCUUUCCGUUCACCGUGCAUUUCGAGGAGAUGUGUUUCCUGCGACUGGCCGUGGUGGAGAACAACAGCUCCCAGAUCACUGCUCAGAGGAUUCUGCCUCUGAAAGCCCUCAAACCAGGUUACAGACACGUUCAGCUGAGAACGCAGCACAAUGAACCUCUUGAAGUGUCCAGCUUAUUUAUCUACAGCCACAGAACCGAGGAGGGUCCCACAGGGGGUGCCACUCCCUCAUCUUUGCUCCUCAGCUCAGAGGAGAAGCGUGCUUCGGAGCAGCACAGAGUGACGGUGCAUGGAGCUCCUGGUCCAGAACCCUUCAAAGUCUUCUCUGUCACAGAGCAGACCACCGCCAAACAGCUGCUGGACAUGGUGGUAGCAUCUGGAGGCAAUGCCUUAGAGUACUUAUUGUGUGAGGAGAAAGUCCCCUUGCUGAAGGAGCGCAGUGAGGUGAAACGCUGUGCUCAGUAUCGCGCUCUUGCUCCUGAGGAGGAGGUGGUACGGCUCGUCAGCUGCUGGGACGCCGAGGACGGAUACGUGGGGAGAAUCUGCCUCAAGACAAGAGAGGAGAACCUAAAUGACAAAAACACUGUCCUGGACCGAGAGGAGGAGGCAACGGUGGGGGGCAAAGAAGGAGCAGGAGGUGGCGGGAGCGCUGGAGGAGAGGAUGAGAUGUUCUUAGUCCAGGUCCACAAAGUUUCCCCAGAACAGCCUCACACUGUGAUCAAAGCGCCGCGCUACAGCACGGCUCAGGACAUCAUCCAGCAGACUCUGUCAAAGGCAAAGUAUUCCUACAGUAUUCCGUGCAAUCCCAAGCCCUGUGACUACGUGCUGGUGGAGGAGGUCGCCAGGGACGCUGGUUCAAAGAAGUCCUCCGCCACCAAGCCUCUCCAGCGCGUGCUGCUGGACCAUGAGUGCGUCUACCAAGCUCAGAACCGCUGGCGGGGCGCUGGAAAGUUUAUUCUUAGACUCAAAGAGCAGGUAGCUCUAAACACAAUAGUAUAUUUACAAAACGAUAGACUUUUUAUAGUUUUUUAGCUUUUUAUUGUGUAUGUUAAAGUUGUGUUUCUGUCUUCAGUGUUGCUGUUUUGUCAUAGAAAACAAUGUGCCGCUGCUACAUGUGUGCUUCAUCCUUGUGCAUCUUGCUCUAACAUCUACUGCUCAUGCCUUAUUAUGCUGUUAUUAAGUUUUAAUAUUAAUAACGGCUUUUGUGUACCCGUCGCUGCUGCCUUUGACAUCGCCAUCUUGUUCGUUCUCUGCUUUUUUGGGCUUUUUUUUGUGAUUCACCGUGCACUUUUUAAGCUUGUUAACCGCCUUUUUAUUUGUCUUGCUGUAAUUUAUUUAUCAUUAUUUUAAAUUGGACACAUUUUCCUGUGAAGCUCUGGAAAUAAUGCUUGCUGAAUAA